AUGCAUCAGGUACUCACCAAUUUUAAGAAAAUUAAACGCCUCCACUUAGAGCUUCCUGUUUCUGAAAUUAAUGUCCUAGACGGCGGCGGCUUAAUUUUAAAAUGGAAAGUGGAAAUCCAGUCAUCAGCCGAUCGAUUCGCCAUAUUCACGGCCACUGAAUCAUCAAACCCCGACGAUCCGUAUCCGAUCGGACUCGAUCUGGAAGCCUAUGGCAAUGACCGCAAGUGGAAAGGGGAGGCUUGGUUUUUUACUGCUCUUGCUGCUGCUUGGGCACGGAAUCAUUGUCUCAGUAAAAUCGUCGCCGAUUACCCGGCGCUGGAAACCAUACUCGUCACAGAUGCUAACGGGCAAGGGGUGCUUGCCUUGGACCUGAAGCAGGGCCCAAACGUUUUCAAAAAUUCAUUGACGACUUGGUUGACAUCAAAAGACAUAACUGUAUGGAUUCUUCCAAAAUUGAAGUUACCUGGAGGGAUGGUACUGGAUGAACCAAUUUUAAUAGCUAGAGACACUUCUACAGCGGACACAGUGGAUCUAUCCAUCAGGAACGGUGAUAAUCACUGGAUCCUCAACUCAUUUGAGGAGCCAUUCAGGACUGCAGUCAACAUGAUGAUGCAGAGCGAGCUGCUUUUCAUAGAAGAAUUAUAA